AACAUCAAAAUAAUUUCUAGCCAAACUACUUUAAGCUUUUCUCUCUCCCCGUUCUUUGUUCGCUAAUUUACGGUUGACUUCGGUCGGAAUUUAUGUUGUUAAGCAUGAAUCUUAGAACCCCAUGUAGAGAUUCUCAUAUACUAGUUCGAAACCCUAAAUUGAAUCAACUAUGUACUCCUCCUAUAAUCAACAACUCUCACAUUCGCUUAUCUGUCCAGAGCAAACAUUGCAAGCUCCGCAUUUCAUCAUAUCUCCUAAAUAUUCCAAUUUUGUCCCAUAAUCAAAGAGGCAAACGGGUGAUUACUCAAUGUAUCGGCCGUAAGGAGGAAGUUCUACAUGAAGAGUGUGAGCGCUUUACUGAAAUCACGGAGACUAUCGCGUCCGUCUCCCCACUUGACGAAGUAAAAUCAGAAACAAUUAUUGAAGAGUUCGAUGCAAAUGUAAGCAUUUGGGAUCAAAUGGUUGAAAUUCUGAAGUUUUCUGGACCUGCUGCUGGAUUGUGGAUAUGUGGACCAUUAAUGAGUCUUAUUGAUACUGUUGUGAUUGGUCAGGGAAGUUCUCUUGAGCUGGCUGCUUUAGGACCUGCUACUGUCGUUUGCGAUUACAUGGCUUAUAUUUUCAUGUUUCUUUCGAUUGCUACUUCCAAUUUGGUGGCUACUUCCCUUGCCAGACAGGAUAAAGAGGGAGUGCAGCACCAGAUUUCCACAUUGCUCUUCAUUGGGUUGGCUUGUGGUGUGAUCAUGCUGAUUUAUACAAAAGUCUUGGGAGCAUGGACGCUAACUUCUUUUAUUGGUCCCAAGAAUGUGCAUAUGGUACCCGCAGCAAACACAUAUGUUCAGAUUCGAGGGUUAGCAUGGCCAGCUAUACUUGUUGGAUGGGUUGCUCAAAGUGCAAGUCUUGGGAUGAAGGAUUCCUGGGGACCUUUAAAAGCUUUGGCUGUUGCGAGUGCAGUAAAUGGCAUUGGGGAUGUAAUUCUCUGCACAUUCUUAGGUUAUGGCAUUGCUGGAGCAGCAUGGGCAACAAUGGUGUCACAGAUCAUUGCAGCCUAUAUGAUGAUUGAAGCUCUGAACAAGAAAGGUUUCAAUGCAUUUCUCAUCACUGUUCCAUCCUCUAGUGAGCUUUUCCAGAUACUUAUGCUUGCUGCUCCAGUAUUUGUUACAAUGUCUUCAAAGGUGGCUUUUUAUUCACUCAUUAUAUAUUUUGCUACAUCCAUGGGCACAACUACUAUAGCUGCUCAUCAGGUUAUGAGUCAAAUCUUCGGCAUGUGUGCUGUAUGGGGUGAACCUCUUUCCCAAACUGCUCAAUCAUUUAUGCCGGAGCUGUUAUAUGGAAUCAAACGAGAUUUGGUGAAGGCUCGAACAUUAUUAAAAUCUCUGGUGAUCAUUGGACUAUCGAGUGGAUUAGUAUUGGGUUCUGUUGGAUUAUUAGUUCCCUUGUUGUUCCCUCAAAUGUUCUCGCCAGAUUCAGAAGUCAUAUUGGAGAUGCGCAAGGUUUUGGUUCCAUACUUCAUGGCAUUGUGUGUGACACCUGGUAUUCACAGUCUUGAGGGUACAUUGUUGGCUGGGCGAGAUCUGAAAUUCCUUAGCUUAUCAAUGAGCGGAUGUUUCUCCCUAGGUGCUCUUUUCUUGUGGUUUGCAAGCACUAGACAAUUUGGUUUGGUUGGAUGCUGGUUUGGUCUUGUAGGAUUCCAAUGGUCUCGGUUUGCUAUAGCUCUUCGACGUCUCCUUUCCCCGACAGGUAUUCUGUACUCGGAAGAUUUGACUCAUCAUCAAGUGGAUAGGGUUAAGGCCAGUUGAGAGGUAGAUUUUAAGUAACUCUAUAUUCAUGUAUUUUUACAUUUUCACACUCAUUGUUGAAUUAAGGACAUGCAAAUAUGCAAUUGUUGUUUAGGCUUAUUAAGCAUGUUUCCUUUUCUCUACCACUCAUAAAAGUACAGCUAAUUUUUUUUUAAACCACUGAGUAUAUACUAUAUUCAUCCUGA